CAUUCAAAAAGUUGAUCACCUCGAAUGGUUCCAAUUCACCUGACAUAUUAUGGUACUCACACACCCAUAUUAUCUUCUUGAGUCAGCCUCAAGGUAUUAUAGGUGCAGCUGCGUAUACAGGAGCAGUGACGCAUACACUGUCAGUGGCGGUCAUUAUCUGUGAGCUGACCGGUCAACUCACACCCAUACUACCAGUCUUGAUCGCGAUGUUAAUGGGUAAUGCGAUAUGCAAAUUCUUACAACCAUCUAUCUACGAAAGUAUCAUUCGUAUCAAAAAAUAUCCAUAUCUACCUGAUUUACCUCCAUCCAGAAUCAGUGUGCACACAGUGAAGGUGGAACAAAUGAUGAUCAAAGAUGUUGUCUACAUCACUAAAUCAACGACAUAUCGUGAACUCCGUGAGAUCCUCCGCUUCUCACCUCAACUGCGCAGUUUUCCGGUGGUUACUGAUCGU